UAAACGUCGUCAAACAAAUGACAAGAAAUGACUCUUUUUUUCUUUUAAAAGUAAACAAUAUUAAUUAUUCUUGUGUUACAUAGUUUGUGCAGACCAAUUGGAUAAUAUUGAAUAUGUCUUCAGAACGUAAGACAAGGAAACGAAAACAGUCCGUUAUAGAGGAACGAUCAAACACACAAAAUGUUCAUAAAAGUCCGAAAACAAAUCCAACUAACAAUAUAACACUGACGAAAGAAAUGAGAAAAUUAAGACAAAUCAAAGCUAAGAAGGUAAUUGGUGAAGAGUGGAAAACCAAGGAGACCAUUAAAUCUACUGAUAAACAAAAAAGUGGGACAGUGAGGAAAAAUAAACAAAAUGAAAAUCAGAAUAAAUUGCCACGACUUUCAACAGUGGUUUUGAAACAAGCGUCUCCAAACAAAAAAUCAAGAAAUGUUAAGCAAACUAUUAAACGGAAAAUUACGAAAGUAAAAAAAGAUGAAUCAACGUCAAGAAUAGGCUUACUAACUGUAAAUGCUACCCAACAAAAAAAACAAGCAAAGGGGAUUAAAUCUUGGUUAGAGCAGGCACCUAAAACUCGUAAUGCAAACAAAUCAACAAAAACUCUGGAAAAUUCAGCUAUAUAUUCAAACAAAAUUGGUAAUUUAAAUGCAGAAAAAGAUGCCACUGAAAAAGCUGAUGAUAUUUAUGAAUUUACUUACGAUCCUAAAGAAGAGCCACCACCAUUAAAAAAGAAAAAAACUGUCCGAAAGAAACCUAUUAAGCCCAAACCACCAAAAGCAUAUUUUUACAAUAACAACUAUGACAAAAAUGUGUCUAAAGCUUUGUGUACCUUAAAACGUGUGAUUGCAUCAAAAUCAAAGCAAAAUAAUGAACAAAGACACAUUACAGACAAUGAACAAACAGCAAAUAAUGAAGCAUGCAGGAAAAGUAUAGAAAAUACAAAUACUGUUCAUCCUUCACCACAAACAAAACAGCAAAUAACUAAUCUUCUGAACAACAAUUGUCAAAAAAAUAUGAAUAAAAAUCAACCUGAAGUUACUACUUUGGGUAAUACAAUCACAAAUAAGUCUGUUAGUAAUCAAAUUAAUACACCAGCACUUACAAACUAUAAUUCAAUGAGAAUUGAGGAUAUAGCAGCUGAUUUUGAGAUGAGCGAUGGUCACAAUGACUUAAAUUACUCUCCAGUCUAUUCUCCUGAGCAUCAAAAAAGUCCCAAUCAAAGAGAAUCAGGAAAUAGUGACAAUAAUUGCUUACCUACAGUAAACAGUAGGGAUCCCUUAAAUCUUCAAGAGGAAUUGAGUUUUUUUGAUGAUCAGCCAGUAGCUAACAGCAGCAUGAUAAAGUCCAUUAGAAAUCCUGCUCCAAGCCCAAGGGAUCCACUAGCAAGUCCAUGGAGAGUAGAAUUUGGAUGCUUACCAAUAAAAUGGCAAAUUAAUACAUAUAUAAAACCAAACAUGACUCCAGCUGUGGAAAGCUCAUUUAUAGCUGAAAAUACAAAACAACAUGUUUACACCAAUAUAGUACCUCAAUCAAAUGAGAGCUUACCUCAGAUCUUUGAUAAAAAUACAAGUGCUAUGAAGCAGCCUAGCAUUAUAUCCUUUAUAAAAGAGAUGGCAGAAAAGAGUGCCAAAAAGAAACGUGGAAGAUCUGUGUCUCCAACAAAAGCAAACAGUCUGUUUGAAGAAACCAUAAAUUCACAUACAAAUAUGUGCACUAGCGUCAACCUUAAUGCUGUAACGCCAACCAAAAAUACCGAGAUAAAUGUACAAAGUACACCACAAAGUAUAGAGGUUGUCGCAUCACCAUUAAAAACCAUAACAAAUUUGAGUAAUAAAGAAAACAGUAAUAGGAAUAAGGAGAAGGAAAAUAAACUGAAAGGAAAAUCAUCAAGAAAGCAAAAUAAAGAUAAAGAUAGAACAUAUUUUGGGUUUGAUGACACAGAUGAACAGGACCAAGAAAAUGUGUCUCCCAUUAAAGUAAUUCAAAAUAAUAGAGUGACAGCUUUACGUCCAAGAUCUAGGGCCGUUCUUCAAGACAUCAAUUGUAUAAGAGGUACACUGAGAGCUGCAUUGCAUGCUAAAUCCAACACCAUAGCUAGCUCUGAUGCAGUGAAGAGAAGAAAUGCAGAAGAGUUGAAAUCAGCAGAAGAAGCUCCUGUGUUUUCAGAAAAGGGCAUUGUAGAGAAUCCUCAGACUGUUGUGGAAGCAACUGAUGGUGGCAAUGAUGAUAAUGAAUCAGUACACUUAUUUGAAGAUUUUGAUGUUGUUCAUCAUCUGAAGCCACAACGAAAAAGCUAUGGGAAACCCAAGAAAGUAAUGUUUUCUCGGACUUCUGUGUCUGGAGUUGACAAUGAACAUAGUGAUGAAGAAUAUGCCGAAAAUUAUGAAGAUGAUCUGGCUGAUUUGAACUUCUCUAUGGCAAUUAUUGAAGAAAAGAAAUCUAAAAAGAAGAAAAUUAAAAAACUUAGAUCCAGGAAAGAGGAAAAGGAAGCGGAUGAAUGGGCAGCCGCCUUUAAUUCUAUGUGUGAAGACGUUGAUCAAUUCCCAUUGGUCGUCGAAUAAAUACUUAUAUGAUGUUUAUAAACCAUGACAUAUAGAUAUAAAAUAUUUAAAAUUAUGUACUAAUAAAUAGAAAUUAAGAUAUAUUUAAGAAACAAUUUUGUUUCAUCUAAAGUAAUGCUAUAAUUUUAAAUCUGGGAUUUUAAAAUUUUAA